AUGCCUGCUUCAAUCCUAGACACCCCAGCUUCAGUACAGACUCUCUUUGCACGUUCUAAGACACAGUGUGGUGUGGAUAGCAAAAUUCAUAGGAACUACAAAAGCAAAUUGUUGUUAAUGAAAUUACAGGAAACUAUCGUAGGAUACAUAGCUCAUUGAGGACAGAAGAUCACCUCAGAAAGGAAAUGAAAGUCAAGAAUUCGUGGCACAGGCCGCAGAUCAUCGUUGUCACUGCACUUAUUGCAGUGGGAAUCAUCAUAAUGGUGGCCAUAGCAGUAGUACAACACAAACCUCUAAAUCAGAAAUACAAGUAUGGGAUAGUCCUUGAUGCAGGGUCUUCCCACACAUCUGUUUAUAUCUAUGAGUGGCCAGCUGAAAAAGAGAACAACACUGGCAUGGUUCAGCAGAAACAUUCAUGCAAUGUAAAAGGCAAAGGAAUCUCCAGUUACUCAGGGACUCCACAUAAGGCCGGUGAGUCACUGAAGGAGUGUAUGGAUGAGGCCAAGAAGACCAUACCUAAACACAGACACCAAGAAACCCCUGUAUACCUGGGAGCCACAGCAGGCAUGAGACUACUCAAGAUGGACGAUAACACUGCCUCCGAAAAGGUGUUGAAGUCUGUGGCGACGUCUCUUCAGAGUUAUCCAUUUUCCUAUGAGGGAGCUCGUAUUAUCAGUGGCCAAGAGGAGGGAGCUUUUGGCUGGAUCACUGUCAAUUACCUGAGUGAUAACUUCAGAAAGGCAUCUGGGACUGUGGGAGCUCUUGACCUAGGUGGAGCCUCCACUCAGAUCACCUUCGUGUCUAGGCAGGAACUGGAGUCUCCAGACAACUCUAUUGAUUUCCGGCUCUAUGGAAACGAUUAUCAUCUUUACACCCACAGUUUUCUUUGCUAUGGAAAAGACCAAGUGCUCAAGCUUUCUUUGGAAAAGCAGAUCGAGCCAAAACUUGAUAUGACAGAUAACAUAAUUCUGGAGGACCCUUGUUUCCAUCCAGGCUAUAUUGUCAAUAAGAGUUUUCAGAGUGUCUUUGACAGCCCUUGUGUCAAAAAGAUUAACAGUUUCCUGGGACAACAGAGUUUCAUCCAUAAAGGUCUUGGGGAUUGGAAUAAAUGCCAUGAAGCAAUCAAGAAGGUCUUUAAUACUACUUACUGUCGUUAUUCAAGAUGUUCCUUUAAUGACAUCUUCCAACCCCCUGUAGAAGGAAGAUUUGGGGCAUUUUCUGCUUAUUUCUUUGUGAUGAACUUUUUAAAUCUGACCACUUUCAACUUAGAGGAGGCUAAAAAAAACCUGGAAACUUACUGCACCACUUCCUGGGACACAUUAAAGCAAAAACACCCAAAAGUGAAGGAGAAGUAUCUUGCAGAAUAUUGCUUCUCAGGUACCUAUAUCAUAACCUUGCUGGAAGACGGGUACAGAUUCACUAAUGAAACCUGGGAAAACAUUGACUUCAUCAAGAAGAUUGGGGACAGCGAAGCUGGAUGGACGCUGGGUUACAUGUUGAACCUGACAAACAUGAUCCCUGCUGAAGCUCCAGACACUCCACUCCUGCCUUAUGGGGGCUAUGUCAUGCUCAUGCUCAUCCUCUCUCUUCUGAUUUUUGUCUUUUUCAUACUUGGUUAUAUAUUCUUCCGCCGACCAUCUGGCCCAACCCAUAAAGAAAUAAUUUAGACUUUAACAGGCACUGACAUUCUACUGUCUGUCCUUAUGGAACAAAUAGUUCUGAAGAACAAAACCUAUGGGACUAAAAACCACUUUUUAAAGCUCUUUUUCAAGAGUUUUAAGCUCUGUGAUUAAAUAACAGGUCAGUGUAAGACUAUAGAGACUUAAUACCUCAUUUGAAGGAGACAAAGACUGAAAUCAAGGAUUUGAAAUCCUGUUGAAUUGGAGAAGAUGAUGUGUAUUCACAUUUCAGAUUUCUACUCUUUAAAGGUUGAUU